AUGCGUGCCGCGCAGAUUACAGCCUGGGGUGCCGUGCCAAAAUAUGAGCCCAGAACGCCGCCUCUGCCUCCUCCGACACCCUCACAAAUCCGUAUUCGAGUACUCGCCAGUGGCCUACACAGACUCGCCCGAGGUCAAGUCACUGGGAAACACUAUUCUGUUUCCCAUUCUUCUCUGCCUUUCAUACCGGGAGUGGAUGGAGUUGGCCUGACCCCUGAAGGAGACGUAGUCUACUUCAUGUCUCCUAGCGGCGGAGCUUUCGCAGAGCACGUCAAUGUGGAAAAGAAGCUCGUCGUGGAAUUGUCACCAGACGCACGAGUAAAGCAGGUUGCAGGAUUAGUCAAUCCAGGACUCGCGAGCUGGAUGGCACUGAAAAGCCGGAUCCAAGGGCUAGAUUUCAGCAAAGAUGGGAAAUUGAGCGUUGUAAUACUGGGAGUAACCACACUCAGCGGAAAGCUGGCUUCGGAAUUUGCUAGGAAGCUUGGCUUUUCUCGGGUUGUUGGUGUGGCACGGAACUUGAAGGAGAUGGAGAAAUUGGCACUGGACGACACCAUCUUGCUGGAGGAGGACCCCAGACGAAGCGAAUGGAGUAAGUUGGGCGAUGUGGAUGUUGUCUUAGAUUUUUUAUACGGCGAACCGGCAUUGGAGUGUCUAAAGGCGCUUCAAAGUGCGAGACCGACGCAGUACGUACAGAUUGGAGUGAUGGCCGGACUAGUGGCCUUGUUACCCGCAGAAUUGUUGAGGUCUAAAAACAUCACGAUUAGAGGUAGCGGGCCUGGUUCUUGGACGAUGGCACAAUUUGCAGCCGAGUUGCAGCAUAUAGUGCGUGCGGUCGAAGGGCUUAAGGAGCACGCGCUGGAGACAAGAAUGCUUGAACAGAUCGAGGCCACUUGGGCAGAAGAACAGAGAACUGUUUUUAUUUUAUAG